UGGUGUAGCUCCAAUAUCAGCUCUCUUUCCUUUAAUACCAAGAUUAUAAUAUAUGCUUUAUUUUCCUUUAAUACUACAAACACCAACUGUGCGAUCCAUCAUUUUUUCCUCUCUAGCUCUGUCAGGCUAUAUAAUUGUACACACAAUCUUCAAUAAUCUCCUCAUUCCUACAACCACUUGAAUACCAAAAAGCAAUUAAGCCGGCCACCAUGUCUGUGUACGGCAUCACCUCUGUACUCUUCGUCACUCUCCUUCUCUCAUCCCAUUCCUUCUGCACUGCUUUUGAAUCUGAAGUGGAUGAUGAGAUUCCAUUUACCUAUGUGGAGGGAACUGGCAAAGGACCAGGGGAAUGGAGCCAAAUUGAUCCACAUUGGCAAGUUUGUGACAAUGGAGCCAUGCAGUCUCCCAUCGAUCUUCUUGACCAAAGAGUUAAAGUUUUUCCUAAUCUGGGGAAAUUAAAAAGGGACUACAAACCAGCUGAAGCAACAUUUAAGAAUAGGGGACAUGAUAUUACGGUGGCAUGGAAAGGAGAUGCAGGAAAAAUAAUCAUAAAUGGGACCGACUACAAACUAGUACAGUGUCAUUGGCAUUCUCCUUCUGAGCACACCUUCAAUGGAACAAGGUACAAUUUGGAGCAGCAUAUCGUUCAUUUAAGUUCUAAUGGAGGGAUAGCUGUUGUUGGAAUUACAUACAAAUAUGGCAGGCCUGAUCCUUUCCUUGCUAAGCUGUUACAGCACAUUCAUAAUUCAGUUCAUAAAGAAGAGAUAGAAUUGGGGAUUGUUAACCCAGGAGAUAUCAAGUUCGGAAGCAGAAAGUACUUCAGAUAUAUCGGCUCUCUGACAGUUCCUCCGUGCACAGAGGGUGUUAUUUGGACAAUAAUCAAGAAGGUGAGGACAGUCUCAAGGGAGCAAGUCAGAGCACUAAGGAAAGCUGUUGAUGAUGGAUUCGAGUGGAAUGCAAGGCCAAUUCAACCAUUGGAUGGAAGACCAGUUUUGUUAUAUCAACCAACGGUCACUGGAGGUUCCACUUAGAUUUAUGAAAUAUUUGAAGGGAUGAGAAAAGCAAUCAACAUAUAAUAUUAUGUCUUAUAACUAGUAGUUUGGAUGUCCUUUAGUUUGCUCCUAUGUUCUCUGAAUACUUUUUCAGAGUUGGGAUGUCCUUUAGUUUGCUUCUAUGUUCUGUGAAUGCAAUGCUUGUGAAAUGUGCUUGCCUGCUGAACAGAUUAUCAAGGAUUUUGUCCGUUUAACAUAUAAUAAAUGUUUUUAAUUUUGAUUA